UUGCCGAGUCACCGCAGUGGCUGAGCUGCUGACAGGAGGCGGCGGCGGAGGAGGAGGCGAGGCAAGACCUGCGGCUUUGCCGGGCCACGGUCGCUUUAGCGCUAGGCAAGCUGACGGAGCCACGCCGGCCUCAGCCCUCUUGCAAACCUCCCGCCCCGCGCCCACCCCUCGAUCUGCCCGACUAGUCCGGGGCGGCCUAGUCUGCACCACCCACCCGGCUCCUGGGGCAGCCGCCCCGCGCGGUCCCGUCGGCGUCCCCGGCCGCGCCCGGCCCCCGGCCCGCUCGCCAGCCGGCACCAUGAUGGAGGAGAUCGACCGGUUCCAGGUGCCCACCGCGCACUCGGAGAUGCAGCCGCUGGACCCAGCUGCCGCCUCCAUCGCAGACGGAGACUGUGACGCCCGGGAGGGUGAGUCAGUAGCCAUGAAUUACAAACCAUCCCCGCUCCAAGUGAAGCUGGAGAAGCAGCGGGAGCUGGCCCGGAAGGGCUCCCUGAAGAAUGGCAGCAUGGGUAGCCCUGUCAACCAGCAACCCAAGAAGAACAAUGUCAUGGCCCGGACAAGGCUGGUCGUCCCCAAUAAAGGCUACUCCUCGCUUGACCAGAGCCCAGACGAGAAGCCACUGGUGGCCCUUGACACGGACAGCGAUGAUGACUUUGACAUGUCCAGAUACUCCUCCUCUGGCUACUCCUCUGCUGAGCAGAUCAACCAAGAUUUGAACAUUCAGCUGCUGAAGGACGGCUACCGGUUAGACGAGAUCCCCGACGACGAGGACCUGGACCUCAUCCCCCCGAAGUCCGUGAACCCCACCUGCAUGUGCUGCCAGGCCACGUCCUCCACCGCCUGCCACAUUCAGUAGCGGGUGGGGCCGCGGCGGCCGCCCGGGGUGGGGCCGCCAGGGGCCAGGUUGGGCCGGGCAGGGGCCAACCGCCCCCAGCCUGUCCACCUGCCCCCGGCCCCCGCGCCCCCUACAGCCGCCAAUCUCGUAACAGUCAUUGCUUCCUCCUAUGGUAGGACGUGUACCUCUGUGUGUUCAUGGAGCCGGAGAAACCAAAACCGGGUCUCUCUCUGCCCCAGGGGGGCUGAGGAGGGGAGGGGGCUGUUUGUUCAGUUACCUGGGGGACCUGGCCCAGCAUCCUGCCCCCUCCCCAAAGCUGCAGUCCAGUGGAGGAAAGGGGUGACUGGACUGUAGGGAGGCCAACAGUAAUGGGGGGGGGGGGGCAGGGGAGAUCACAAAGCCAGGGGUUUGGCCCCACCCCGGUGAAGCCAUGAACGCCCCAGCACCAGCCAAGGAAAGGGGCUGGGAGGUAGGAAGGCCCAGGGCAGUAGGGGCAGGGCUCAGCCCCUCAGAGCUCCCUCCACAUGCCCCCCUGCUGGCCCAUGUACCCUUGCAUUUGUCCCCUCAUCUCCAGAUGGGAAGCCUGGCAAAGCUGCCCAGUAGGAUUUUGUCCCCCACCCAUCAGAUCACUGCCUUCUUCCUCCUCUUUGCCCCAUUCACCCCCUUCCUUGCUCUCUGAAUUGUGUGGAGGGUGAGGUGGGCCUUAGAGACAGCCAGGGUUUAUGGUGGUAUAAUCUGUCCCCACCUGCCCCAACUAAUGCAUCUCUGUCUCUGCGCUCUCCAUCCCUCCCCCCACCCCACCCCCCGCCACCCCAAACACAAACACUUCUGUUCUGUUCAUGGGUCUGUGUCCCAGGCUGGAAGCAGGAAGUAAGGCUGGCCUCACAUGCGCCAUUCCAGUCUCACUCUAGCCCAAGAUCCCAGAGGCUGCUUCCCGGUAAGAAUCUUCAAGGAAGCAAGCCUAAGAGAAUACAGUGGCUGAUGUGUGUGGUAGAGAUAGUCUGGCAGAAUGUGUGUGUGCCUGGGGCUGUCAGGGUGUGUGUCUACAUCGCUGCACUGGGCCUCUCUCUCCCGAUGUUUGUGGUGUCCACGGUGGGGAAGAGACCGUGUGGCCUGUUAACAGUGGGAGAGGCUGCUCAGCAGUGCAGUGGACUGAGAGCCCGGAACUAGGGGUCAGAAGUCUAGGUCCUGGUCCUAGCUCUGGCGCUCUCCCCCUUAUCUCUCCCCCUUAUCUCCAAUAUCCUCCACUGUACAGUGAGCAGCAUCUGAAAUUGUUUUUAAGAUUAUUUCAAACCUGAAGGAAUUUCUUCAUAGGAAUUUCUGUGGACAUGGAUAGGGAAGUCUCUGUGUUUCUCUGAGCACACCUGGGAGUUUCCUGAGUUGCACGUCUGGGUGGGAAAGAAAGGGGACGUUCCUGUGGGACCUGUGUAUGUCUGAAUACAUGCGGAUCUUUUGAGGAAUGUGUGUGCGUCUGUGUGGGUGUCUGUGAAUGUGUAUGUGUGUGUGGGUAUCUAUUGUGUAUGUCGCUGUAUGGGGUGUCCAAGAGUCAGAAUGUAUGUACUGCUGCUUCUGCUGCUGUUACUCGUUGGUGGCAGGGGUGGGGGUGGUUGCCAGAAAAGCUGAGGAUGAAUAUCGAGAGGGAGGAGAUGGCCAAGGCUCUCCCCUCGGCCUGAGCAGUAUAGACCUGCCCCCAUGCAAAGAAAAACGAAAGCACAGCUAGCCUACUCCUGGUCAGCUCUAUGCCCCUCAAACCCCGUGUCCCAGGGCCGUUCCUCCAUGAUGAGCUCCCACACAUGGUGGCCAGUCCAUUCACAUGCUGCCAGUGUGUGCAGGACACACCCGUAGCCCAGGCCCUGGCUGCCAGUCCUGGGAGGUGGGAGUUGGAAGGGGGAGAGGGCAGUGAGGAGAGAGAGUAAGGCUGCUGGCUUAGGAGGGGUAGCACCUCUCCCUGCACCACACCCAGGGGCUGCUGGCUCCAGAGUGUUGAGGUGCAGCUCUCCACCCUCAACUCCUCCAAGUCACGCCUACCUUCUCUAGUGCAGGGACCCUGGUUAGAUGAUGAGAAAAUGCCCACAGGAGGCAAGGACAGAGAAGGCACCUGCAGGCCCCACAAGGCUCAUACUGGCACCCAUCUGAGCCCAUUUCUGCCCCCCUGGUCAGCAUCACUACCCCCUGUCAUCUGGGCCCCAGAGCCAAGCUUCCUAUUACUACCACCACCACCCCAGGCUCCUUGACUCACCCUUUGAGAACCGGGGUACCUCCUCUUUUCCAGGCAGGGGCCCCACCAAGGCUCAUUUAGACUGCUGCCUUUGCUGCUGACAUGCUGUGUGACUCUGGCCCACUGCUUGACCUCUCUGGCCCUGAGGAACAAGGGAAAGUCUCCCUCCCCACAAGAUAUACUUAAUUCCCUGGCAGGCAAGGGCUUCCAGCUAAGGCGGUGUAGCGGAGAGAAGUAGGAAGCUGGCAGCAAGCACCUUCUGGGUCUAGGGAGAGUGUGUGAUUCCCUCCUUCCCUAUCUGGGAGGUUGGAGGGGAGGAAUCGAGGCCUUAGCUUCCCCCUGCCACCCUUCCCCCUUGUAGAUACUGCCUUAACACUCCCUCUACCCUCAGCUCUGGCUGCCACCCAGCCAGGUUUCUCCGUGCUCACUAAUUUAUUUCCAGGAAGGUGUGUGGAAGACAUGAGCCGUGUAUAAUAUUUUUUUUAACAUUUCCAUCGCAGUAUUGACCAUCAUCCUUGGUUGUGUAUCGUGUAACACAAAUAAUGAUAUUAAAAGCAUCAAACAAGCCAGCCUCAGCGCCCUACCUGGGGUGGGGGCGAGGGGGAGAUGGGCAGGGAAGGGCAGAGAACUGAUCCUCUGAGCGCACG